CCCAUUCAAAACAAGCGGUUUGGAAGCUUGCUCGUUGUCGUCUCGGGCUUAUUUUUACCCAACUUGAAGCUGUUCGCCAUGUCGGCCGGCUGGCGUCGGCGGGGCGGUGACACCGACAGCGAGGACGAGGUGUUCAUGGGGCCUGUGACGGAUCGGGAGCAGGAGAUCAGUCGGCUCCUGAACGAGACUGUCAGCCUGGCGGACACCAGCGGCAGCCUGACCGACUCGAUGGCUGUCCUGGAGCGCGGUCUGGGCACCGUCGCGCUGGAGGGCACGCGUGACUCAGUCACCAUGGACGAGCUGCUGCUGCCGGCCACAAGCGCCGUCUGCCGAUAUCCGGUGACCAGCAGUCGUCUGGAGGAGUCGGUGGCGCCCCUGGCCUCCAGCGAGGACAGCAGUAGCCGACGAUGGGAGGAGCUGGCCACCGAGCAGCCGCUGGCUGGCACAGAGGAGCGGCGAUGGCAGGAGAUGCCCACCGAGCACUCGCUGGCCGGCACAGAGGAGAGGCAGUGGGAAGAGCUACCGACGGAGCAGUCACUGGCUGUUGGGGAGGAGUCAUCGGCACAUCAGUCGCUGGCCGGCGCCGAGGAGCGGCGGUGGGAGGAGAUGCCCACCGAACAGUCACUGGCUGUUGUGGAGGAAAGUCAGUGGGAGGAGCUGCCAACGGAGAACGCGAGCGCCUGGCGCACUCUGCUGUCUGAUGUCUCGAUCACCGUGCCGGGCGACUCGCUGGACGAGCGACGCGAGACGGCCGUCUCGCUGGACGAGCGUCGUGAGACGGCUGGCUCGCUGGACGAACGUCGCGAGGCGGCCGGCUCGCUGGCCCCCGCCGACUCUCUGUUGGGGGCGCUUCAUGACGAGCUGGCUGGCUCUUCCGCCGGCCCGCUGGCACCCGGAUCGCCGUCGGACGAUCACGGCAGCUGCGGCGGCGGCCUGCUGCAAGCCAUGGAGCAGCAGAUGGCAUCGCCGUCCGGCCAAGCGAGAUGA